CCGCGGGGAUGGAGCUGCGGGCGCUGCGGCUCCUCUGGCUGCUUUGCUGCUGUUUCUGCGGCGGCGGCCGCUCCGCGGACCCCCGCGCCACCUUCACAGCGACGGAGCCGCGGAGCCGCGAGGGACAGGCAGCCGCCUUCCGGGAAAGCCUUAAUAGACACCGAUACUUGAAUUCUGUAUUCCCUCGUGAAAACUCCAGUGCCGUCUAUGGAAUAAAUCAAUUUUCUUAUUUGUUUCCAGAAGAGUUUAAAGCAAUUUAUUUGAGAAGCAAAUCUUCCAGAUUGCCCAGAUACCCAGCAGAGGUGAAAACAUCCGUACCCAAUGUGUCUUUACCGUUAAGAUUUGACUGGCGGGACAAGCGUGUUGUAACCCAAGUGAGGAACCAGCAGACUUGUGGAGGAUGCUGGGCCUUCAGCGUGGUGAGUGCUGUGGAAUCUGCAUACGCAAUAAAAGGGAAGCCUCUGGAAGACCUAAGUGUACAGCAGGUCAUUGACUGUUCAUAUAAUAAUUAUGGCUGCCGGGGAGGUUCCACUCUCAAUGCUUUGAACUGGUUGAAUAAGACGCAAGUAAAACUGGUGAGAGAUUCAGAGUACCCAUUUAAAGCCCAGAAUGGUCUAUGCCAUUACUUUUCUAAUUCGCAGUCUGGAUUCUCCAUCAAAGGUUAUUCUGCAUAUGACUUCAGUGACCAAGAAGAUGAAAUGGCAAAAGCACUUCUUACCUUUGGCCCCUUGGUAGUGGUAGUAGAUGCAGUGAGCUGGCAAGACUAUUUGGGAGGAAUAAUACAGCACCAUUGCUCUAGUGGAGAAGCAAAUCAUGCAGUUCUCAUAACUGGGUUUGAUAAAAUAGGAAGUACUCCAUAUUGGAUUGUGCGCAACUCAUGGGGAAGUUCAUGGGGAGUAGAUGGCUAUGCCCAUGUUAAAAUGGGAGGCAAUAUUUGUGGUAUUGCAGAUUCUGUUUCUGCUGUAUUUGUGUGAUAUGUUGGGCAGAUCAAGGGACAAGACAAAAAUGAAGUCUUAUAAUAAGAUAUAGCAAAGAACUCCAUUCUCAGCGUUGUUCGCCUUCAGACCAUCAGC